UGUUUUCCGGCCGCGGGCUGUCGAGCCUUGAGUCCCACCUGUGUCCCCACAGCCCUGAUACGAAUCCCGGUCGGGUUCAGGGAGGGACCGCCUCGGCGUUGUGGGCCGGGUGUGGCUCGGCGGUGGAGGACUCUCAAUUCCUGCUCCAUCCCCGGCCGGGCCCCGGGGCGGAACUGAUGACUCUCAAUGAUGUGGCUGAGGACUUCAGGGAAGAAUGGGUUACCUGGACACCGCUUAGAGAAUCCUCUUCAGGGGUACCACCCAGCAGAGUUAGAAGAAUGGGCUCUCAAAGGACUUGCCAGUACAGGUGUAAUCUCCCAGCUGGAGCAGAAGGAAGAGCCGUGGGUGCUACCACUCCAAAACUUCGAGGCAAGGAAGAUCGUAAGGGAAAGUCACACGGACUUUGAGAAUCAGGUGACAAAACUCAAUCAGGACAUUUCAGAAAUAGCAGAACGAUGUGGAACAUCCUCAGAAAGGGCCAAUAAAGAUAUUUCUCAUCAUCCUAGAUGGGGAGGAAACUGGGAGAGGGACCUUGAAUUCGAAGGGCAACAUGGAACCCUACCAGGAGAGGGCCAACCGGAGCCCCUUCCACAGGAGAAGGAUUUAAACAAGCUGCUGGACGGAUAUGUGGGAAAGAAGCCUGUGUGCGCAGAAUGUGGAAAAAGCUUCAACCAGAGCUCCUAUCUCAUAAGACACCUGAGAACCCAUACUGGUGAGAGGCCUUAUAAAUGCAUCGAGUGUGGGAAGGGCUUCAAACAGAGUUCAGACCUUGUCACCCAUCGCAGAACACACACAGGAGAGAAACCCUACCAGUGCAGCGGGUGUGAGAAAAAAUUCAGCGACAGCUCUACGCUCAUCAAACACCAGAGAACCCACACAGGUGAGAGACCCUAUGAAUGCCCAGAGUGUGGAAAGACCUUUGGGCGGAAGCCACACCUCAUAAUGCACCAAAGAACCCACACAGGAGAGAAGCCCUACACGUGUCUCGAAUGCCAUAAAAGCUUUAGUCGAAGCUCAAACUUCAUCACCCAUCAGAGGACCCACACGGGAGUGAAGCCUUAUAGGUGUGGUGAUUGUGGGGAAAGUUUUAGCCAGAGCUCAGACUUGGUUAAGCACCAGCGAACCCACACAGGGGAACGGCCCUUUAAGUGCCCAGAGUGUGGGAAGGGCUUUAGAGAUAGUUCUCACUUUGUAGCGCACAUGAGUACUCACUCAGGAGAAAGGCCUUUCAGCUGUCCUGACUGCCACAAAAGUUUCAGUCAGAGCUCACACCUGGUCACGCACCAGAGGACACACACAGGGGAGAGGCCGUUCAAGUGUGCCAGCUGUGGGAAGGGAUUCGCCGACAGCUCUGCCCUCAUAAAGCACCAACGGAUCCACACGGGGGAAAGACCCUACAAAUGUGGUGAGUGUGGGAAGAGCUUCAACCAGAGCUCCCAUUUCAUUACCCAUCAACGAAUCCACUUAGGAGACAGACCCUAUCACUGUCCUGAGUGUGGCAAAACCUUCAAUCAGCGUUCCCAUUUUCUCACACACCAGAGAACACAUACAGGAGAAAAACCUUUCCAGUGCAAUAGAUGUGACAAGAGCUUCCGUCAGAAAGCACAUCUCUUAUGCCAUCAAAAUACCCAUUUGAUCUAGGAAAUGGUUUGUAGUGGUUCUUCUGCCCCUUUCCAGAUUUUCAUUUCUGCUGCCUCUGGGUGCUCCAUGUAGAGAAAGCCUGAACAUGGACAUCAGUGGCUCAAGCUGGGCCUUUUCCUAAACUUUAAUGGUAAGGAUAAACCCAUAGGCCACAAAUAAUGAUCUGAAUACAAAAGGCAUUCCUUCAGUGUUUUUAACUGACCUUACGGAAACAUGAGUUUGGCUGAUGAUGCUUGAUUACGGAAAGAGGAGUGAGAUACGUGGGGCCACACUAUCACUAUUAGUGAUUAAUAUUUGAGCUCUUAUAAGCCCUUAAUACUAAAAAACACCGGGCCCUUAAAAAGUCCUCAAUACCUUUAUUAGCCUUAUGAUUCACUAAGAAAUUCAUUAGCACAGCCCUACAAGGCCAGAACUCGCAAGUAAUUAGAUUGCAGCUAGAGGAUCUGGGCCAUGAACACAAAGAUGUAAUAAAGCAGAAAACACUCUCCCUAUCCAGUGCUUUGCAGACGUUAGUCACCAGAUGUCUCAUCGCUGUGACAAGGCAGAAUUCUCCUAGAGGAUGUUUGUGGUGUUGUGACUUCAAGGCUGAAAGAAUUUCAGAAGCUCUUUGCACAGCAGGGUAUGAAGUACUCCCACUGGAGGCUUGCUGCCAUCGGAGGCAUAGAAAAUACCCCACGAUCAACAAGCCAGAGGAGGCUGGGAGAGGACUAUAAAACUAUGGAAGCAAAACCGCUGAGACGCUAAAUAUUACAAGAAUCCUUCCUGGCAAUUAGCUGAAGGAAAGCGCUCCUGUUUUCUAAUCACCUGGUUCGUGGGCCCUGUAGUUUUAAGUUAACGCAAGCCUGAUGUUUUUAGAUUAAUCAUUUUAUGCACUAGCACAUUCCUAUAUUUAGCAGAAAUGAAUUGAGGGAAGGCAGUGUGUUGGAAAGAACACUGACUGCAUUAAGAAGGUGAGGUGUUGGAGCUCUGGCCCUGACAUUUAAU